UUCGGUUUGUCACCUGGAUUGCAUCUGCUUUUGAAGCAUCAAAGUAUAUUUUCCUCCAUACUUCUCUCCGUCGCAUUCAUUUAUUGUUGAUUCGUCAUUACGUUCUGGCCAGUGAACCUUGGAUUACCGCCAAGUGACUACGGCUUCCCAACCUUGCUGCAGGAACCGGGGUGGAAGGAACAAGCGGGUUCUUCUCUCACUCUCACUCCUGCUCUCACCCUCACCCCGUCGCUGCCCUCCGCCUUUGAUGACGUUUUGCCUAGCCAGACGGGAAGUCAGAUAUUAACAGGGGCCAACACCAACAAAACCACGCCGCCUCGCUGUGUCUUUUGCCCACGACGAUCAAUCUCUAAUUCAGAAGGCCCGGUUUUGUGCACGACAGAAGAAGAAGAAAAAGGAAGCAGUAGGACGAAAUGCAUUUCGGACGUCUCCUAUCGGCGAUCGUCGCCGGUCUAACAAUCGCUCAAGCCACGCCGAUCCGAGAGAUAUCUCCGGCCACCACCCCCCCCGAAAAAGCGGCAGCGGCGGUAGAACACAAAGAGAUCCGGAGCCUGCCGACAAAGUACUUCCGCGAAGCGAGUUUUUCUGCACACUACGACGCGCGCUUCGCCUCAAAACCGCUGAAUGAGACGGCUCAGCGCGAUGCUGUAAAGGUUCUGGUCCAGACCUACCUCGCGACCCUCGCCGACCUGGGCGUCCAGACGUGGCUCAUGCACGGCUCCCUCCUCGGGUGGUGGUGGAAUAAGCAGAUCCUCCCCUGGGACUCGGACGCAGACGUCCAGGUCACGGAAGACGGCAUCACCUUCCUCGCCGCCUACUACAACAUGACGACCUGGUACUUCAAGUAUCCCUCCAUCCCGCGGGGUCGCUUUUUCCAGCUUGAGGUAAACCCCAACUACGUCCACCGAGGCCAGGACACCUCUGAUGAAGGCAACGUCGUCGACGCCCGUUGGAUCGACAUGGACAAUGGUCUCUUCAUCGACGUCACCGCCGUCCGAUACGUCGAAGAUCACCCCGAAGGCGCCGGCGUGCUCGCCUCCAAAGACGGCCAUGAGUUCCGCGACACGUACCUGUACCCACUGCUGGAGACCACUUUUGAGGGCGUCAAGGCCAAGAUUCCGUAUAAGUACAGGGAGAUGCUUGUCGCUGAGUACGGCGAGAAGGCCUUAACGGACAAGGAGUUCAAGAAUCACAGAUUCGUCGACAAUAAGAUGGAAUGGGUUUCUAACGAUGAGCUUUGACACGUGAGAGCGUAUCUAUGCUCCAUUUCCGUAGCUGGCUAGCACAGUGACUUUGCAGGCGUUCAGGGAGUGUUUGUAAACGGCCAUAUGAUCGGUGACAAAACGGAAGUGUGUUUAUGUAGGGCGUUAGGGGUAUACCCAAGGCUCCAAUUGUAGCAAAAGAUAAAAUCAAGCAACAGACAAUGCUAAAAUAACAGUUCCGAC